CUUGCGAAAGGUCAUGUUUGCCGGAGGCUCCGACAGUCCUUAUGCCAAAGCGAUGAGGGGACAGAUCACCCUGUCCCAGCUCUUUUCGGAGAUGGAAGAGGGCUGCAGGCAGCACGCCUCCGCCUCGGGCAUCACCCUGCCGCCCACCUUCUCCGUCGCCCGAGCCUUCGAGGGGAUGGCGGCCGAGGGGACGGUCAACGCCCCCCUUCUGCGAGCAGCGAGGGUGCUGCGGAGGAACGGAUUUAAGACCUGCGUCCUCACCAACAACUGGGUGGACGACAGCGCCGGGCGGCUCUUCACGGCCACGCUGAUGAACCUGCUGCGCCGCCACUUCGACCUGGUGAUCGAGUCCUGCCGGCUCGGAGCGCGGAAGCCAGAUCCCGAGAUCUACGCCUACGCCCUGGAAGCGCUGCAGGCGAAGCCGCAGGAGGUCAUCCUCCUGGACGACAUCGGGGAGAACUUGAAGCCGGCCCAGGAGAUGGGCAUGGCCACCGUCCUCGUCAGGGACACCGAAACCGUCCUGAAGGAGCUGGAGGAGCUCUCGGGUGUCCAGCUUCUCACCCAAGAAGAGCCGCUGCCGACUGCGUGUGAUCCCUCCAACGUGACCCACGGAUACGUGCCCAUCCGGCCCGGCGUCCAGCUGCACUUCGUGGAAAUGGGGCACGGCCCUGUCGUCUGCCUCUGCCACGGCUUCCCCGAGUCCUGGCUCUCCUGGCGCUACCAGAUCCCAGCUUUGGCUGAUGCCGGCUUCAGGGUGAUCGCUCUGGAGAUGAAGGGCUACGGGGAGUCCACGGCCCCGCCGGACGUAAAAGAAUAUUCCCAGGAGCAGAUAUGCAAGGACCUGGCGGUUUUCCUGGAUAAACUGGGCAUCCCGCAAGCCGUGCUGGUCGGCCACGACUGGGGCGGUGCCGUGGUCUGGAACAUGGCUCUGUUCUACCCCGAGAGGGUGAGAGCCGUGGCCUCGCUGAACACCCCGUACCGACCCGCCGACCCCGCUGUGGACAUCGUGGAGAAGAUGAAAACCUAUCCCGCCUUUGAUUACCAAUUCUACUUCCAGGAGCCGGGCGUCGCAGAAGCGGAGCUCGAGAAGGACAUCGGCCGGACCCUCAAGGUCCUGAUCCGUUCCACGCGCCGGGAGCCCGCCAGCCAGAUCCUGCACGGCCCCGAGCUGCGGUACUACAUCCAGCGCUUCGAGAAAUCCGGCUUCAGUGGCCCCUUGAGCUGGUACCGCAACAUGCGACCCAACUGGCGCUGGGCACUCUCUGCCAAGGACAGGAAGAUCACGAUGCCAGCGCUGAUGGUCACAGCCGGGAAGGACGUGGUGCUGCAUCCCAGAAUGAGCAGGGGCAUGGAGGAGUGGAUCCCGCAGCUGCACCGGGAGCACAUCGAGGAGUGCGGGCACUGGACGCAGAUGGAGAGGCCGGCGGCGCUGAACAGGAUCCUGGUGGAGUGGCUGGAGGGGCUCCCCCCCGACACCCCCCUGCCCAAGAUCUCCAGGCUGUGAGCGGGGCC